AUGCUCGCCACCACCCUCCUCACCGCCGCACUCACCCUCACCCCCUUCGCCCUGGGCGCCGCCGUCCACCACGGCGCCUCGCCGCUAGCAGCAAGAGCACCAACCGCGGCCCCGACCAGCAGCCCCUCGCCGCCCAAGAGCUUCAUUGGCAAGGGCCAGCUGCGUACGCGCUGGAACGAUGGCGAUUACGCGGACCUGGGCUGCCUGACAGACGGCGGGCAGUGGACAGCCAACGACACGCUGUGCGGCGUCUUCACGGGCGCGCCGCUGGCCCAACCCACCGGCAUGUGGCAGUUCACGCUGACGACCACCGAGGGCGGCUGCUACAUAAUCGGUUCGGAAUUCAAGUGCGACCACGGCAACCCAACUUACCCGACUGCGUACUAUUUCUGGAUCUACCCGUUGCCCAACGCAAUUCCUGGAGUCGACUGUCUGGGUUAUAGCCAGUACGGCCUCAUGGCCAGCGAUGGCAAGAACCCGCCGGCGCCCGAGGAUCCGCCCGAGGAGAUCCACCUCGUGAGUUACUCCGAGGUGGGCAAGUACGUGUGGCUGACUUGGCGGGCACUGGAUUGA